GGGGCUCCAGGCACGCCACCGCCACUUCUCUGGCGCCGUGGGCUGGUGCUGCCGGUACACGGGUUGGGGCGGAGAAAGUGGAGCAGCCCCGCCUGGCAAGAGGCCACCUGACAGCUGUGAACUGAACCCACGGCAAGGGCGGGUCAGAGGGAAGGCAGCGAAGCCCAAGUCCUUGUGAAACAGAGUGAAGUCCAGGAUGGAGUCAGGGAGAGUGUCUCAGCAUGGGGACAGGGGUGCAGAAGCUGCAGCAGAGGGGUCAUCUGUGUGCCUCCUGCUGUCUCCUGGUUGUCAGAAGAGCCCUGGGACAGGGAAGCAGGUGGAAUGAACCAUUUUGCCCUAUGGAUGGACAAACACAUUUUUUAUGAUCUCUUAAAACUGCGAACGUCAUACCCUGACCACAGCUGCCCCUCAGGGGACUGGCCUGGAGCCAAAGUCAGGUCAUCAGGCUGCUUGUCAAGGGUGGAGCCUCAGCCACUUGCCACUUUUCCUCAUGAGCCCUGCCUGGGUGUCUACCUGGCACUCCCACUGCCACGUCUCUUCGUCUCAGAGCAGCCCAACCCGGAGGCCUGGGCUUCAGAGAGAGCUCCAGGAGAGCUCAGUCCUGUGUGCUGCCUCCCCGACCCCAGGCGUGGAAGCGGAUGCAAGGCUUCCUUCUGGAGGAUUCAGCCCUGAGGGAAUACAGACAACGGGAUUUUUUAGGGCCACAGCUGUGUACGCGUCUCUGUGCUGGCGGCUGCGUGCAGAUCCGAGAGAAGAAUCCCAAACCCGUCUUGUCCUCAAGUAACUCAGUGACAGGAAGAGGAGCAAAAAAUACAGGUUCUGCAAAGACUUGAAGAAAUUGACAAACCCGGAUGGCUACCCCUGACAGGAGAAUGGUCUCUAGACCCCAGAGACCUGGAAAGGGUCCAAAGGAAAGUGGGGCCUGCCUGAGUCCCCUGGACAACCUGGAGUGUAAGGAGACCCAGGAGCUGGCACCGGUAGAGCUGGCCAUGCUGAGCAAGGCACAGGAAUUCUUUCAGACCUGUGACACAGAAGGCAAGGGGUUCAUCGCCAGGAGGGAUAUGCAGAGGCUCCAUGAGGAGUUACCACUCAGCCUGGAGGAACUGGAGCAUGUGUUUGACGCCCUGGAUGCUGAUGGCAAUGGCUUUCUGACGCCAGAGGAAUUCACCACUGGAUUUAGCCACUUCUUCUUCAGCCAGAAUAAGCCAGGUCACGAAGACGCAGGCGAGCAGGUUGAACGGCUCCAGGAAGAGAAGGUAUAUCAGUCCAGAGGGGAAGAACAUGCGGGCGGCAUGGAUGAAGAUGAGGAGACUCAGUUCCAAACACUGAUGGACAAACUUGGAGCCCAGAAGGUUUCCGAGGAUGAAAGUGAUAUCAAGCAAGUCUGGCUGCAGCUGAAGAAGGACGAGCCUCACUUACUGUCCAAUUUCGAGGACUUCCUGACCAGGACCUUCUCUCAGCUCCAGGAAGCUCAUGAAGAGAAGAAUGAACUGGAGUGCGCCCUGAAAAAGAAAAUUGCUGCUUAUGAUGAAGAAAUCCAGCAUCUCUAUGAGGAGAUGGAACAACAAAUCAAGCAUGAGAAGGAGCAGUUUCUCCUGAAAGACAUGGAGAGGUUUCAGGCCCGCAGUCAGGAGCUGGAGCAGAAGCUGUUAUCCAAGGAGCAGGAGCUGGAGCAGCUCAUCCAGAAGCAGCAGCAGCUGGAAGGCCAGUGCACCACCCUGCAAAAUGAUGAGCUUGAAACCAAGGCUGAGAACACCAAGCUGAGAGUCACAAACCAGGAGCUGGCCCGGGAGCUGGAGCGGACCUCCCGGGAGCUGCAGGAUGCCCGGAAACAGCUGGAGAGCCUCCAGCAAGAGGCCCACCAACUCCAGCAGGAGAAGGAGAUGGAAGUGUACCGUGUGACGGAGAGUCUGCAGCGUGAGAAGUCGGGGCUUCUGAAACAGCUGGAUCUCCUGAGGGAAAGGAACAAGCACCUUCGGGAUGAACGGGACAUCUGUUUUCAGGAAGAUAAGGCAGCCAAGGCAAACACAGCUGCUUCCAAGGCAAACUGGAAACAGAGAUCUGGCUCUGUGAUAGGCAAAUAUAUGGAUGGCAGAGGGAUUCUUAGGAGCCAGUCAGAGGAGGAAGAAGAUGUAUUUGGCUUCUCGAGGAGGAGAAGCUCCCUGGGCCUGAGUGGAUAUCCCCUUCCAGAAGAGGAGCCAGGACCUGGGGGUCCGCUCACCCGGGCAUUCCGCAGAAUCAUCUCUAUUGAAGAAGACCCCUUGCCCCAACUCCUGGAUGGUGGCUUUGAGCAGCCACUGAGCAAAUGCCCAGAAGAGGAAAAGGUCUCCCAACAGAGGGCGGAAAGACAAAGCCAACAGGCCAGACCUUUGGAACACAUGCCUACAUCUCCUCGAGGGCAACCUAUUGGAAAAGAAGACCUGUCUAAGGAGGAAGCCUCUCCCUCCAUCCCAGACCGGCUCUUCAAAAUUGUGUUAGUGGGCAACUCAGCCGUGGGGAAGACAUCUUUCCUGAGGAGGUUCUGUGAGGACCGGUUUGCCCCAGGCCUGGCAGCCACUGUAGGCAUCGAUUACCAGGUGAAGAUGGUGCAUGUGGAUGGCUCGUAUGUGGCCCUGCAGCUGUGGGACACGGCCGGGCAGGAGAGGUAUUGCUGUAUCACCCAGCAGUUCUUCAGGAAGGCCGAUGGCGUCAUCGUCAUGUAUGAUCUCACAGCCAGACAGUCAUUCCUGUCGGUCCGGCAGUGGCUGAGCAGCGUGGAGGAAGCUGUGGGAGACCGCAUUCCUGUUCUUCUGCUGGGCAAUAAAAUUGACAAUGAGAAAGAGCGGGAAGUUCCCCGAGGCCUUGGAGAGAAGCUUGCCAAGGAGAACAAUCUGAUCUUCUAUGAAUGCAGUGCCUAUUCCGGUCACAACACCAAAGAGUCCCUACUUCAUCUAGCCAGGAUCCUCAAGAAACAAGAAGAUACAGCAAGAGAGGACACCAUACAGGUUGACCGCUCUGCCAAAAAGAAAUCCUGCUGUGGCUGAUAGGAGUCCUCCUAGGACUGUUCCACCCAGGCCUGGGGUCCUAGGAGCUACCCUGAAUCCUGCACAUAGGCUCCCACUUGGAUGCCUCCACCAUAACCCGCCCAAACCUUUGUCUGUGUCAGUGACUUGCCUCCACCAACAGGAAGGGAAGCACAUCUAGUCAGGAAAGCUGCUCUUGGAGCAUUUUGAAAUCUUCUCUCUCUUCUCUCUCUAGACCCCAGAUGCCCAUUUUCCCCCCAGCUUGGAUUUGUGGGGAAAAGAAACAGAUGGGAUUUUCCAGAAAAAUCACCACAUGCCUUCUCCACCUCCCUUCUGCUCCCCUUGCCCUUUGGAGCUGCAGCACUGUGGUUGCCAUGGCAACUGUGCAGGGCAGACUUGCUGCUUCCUGUAGGCCAAAGAUAAAGCACUUGGGCAGGGCCAGGGUGGUUGGUCUUCCCUUGGCUCCUCGGGACAUCAAUGGGAUGCUCUUGGCAUAUGCUUCGUGGACCUUGAGAUGCCCACACAGGUUGAGAAAAGCAAGCCAGGGCACCCACAUUCUAUUCCACACCCCACCUCCAGGGGCCCUGCUUCUUGCCAGGCUGCAGAACCCAGCCUCUAAGCAGCCAGCAUGUCUACUGUAUUUGUUCCCUUGGGGUCUCGGGAACAGUGCCUUACAAGAAACCCACAGCCUUUUCUCUCAACCACCCACCCAUGACCCUGACUCCAGGGUGGACUGCGGGUGAUUUAAGUAUUAAGUGUGUGCCCAUGAUUAGGGAGAGGGCUUCCUUCCUACUUAACUUUCACUAAGAGAUGAAAAGAAAAUUAGGGGGGAAAACCCAUCUGCUGCUAAACAGAGCGACCAUUGCUGGAGUAUAAAUAAGGUAUACAUAGCUCUGUGAAAGCCAUUUUCCAAUGUUUCUCAAAAUAGCUCUUCGGAAAAUUGUACAUGAUGAUUAAUGGGAUAGAUUGACAUGCAGGCAGUGAGACCCAGCACCAGGUCCACAGUUACUGACUUCAUUUUAUUUUAUUUUAUUUUUCCAGAGGACUGUAUUACAAAAAAGAAAGUGAGGCUGUGGUGUUGACAUAUAGCUGGUGUUUAAGAAGUAAGCAGAGUAUAGCUAUAGGCUUCAGCAUCCCUGUGACUCUACCAGCACAGGGCACUCACAUUGAGGGGAAUGAUCUGGGCCCAUGUGUGGUUCCUUUGUCUGGGUAGUGGUGAGUUCCCAGCCCCAGCAGUGCUCCAGCAUCACUGGGGUGGAGGGUGCUGGUAAAGGCAUUCUCGCCCUGGGUGGGGAGCUUGGGUGAAAAGAUCAUAAAGAUCACUGCAUAUUACUGCUCUAGGGCUGCAGGCCCAGACCCACAGGGAAGUGAGUGGAACCCACACCCAAUCAGGACAUGUAAGAAUAGAGAGGAGCAGAAAGUGUCCACAGGCCUCCAAGAAGAUUCAAGACAACUGUGCACAGCCAGCCAGGCAGAAGAGAAUCCUCUGGUCAGAGUUCCCUGUAGCCUCCACCCCAGACUCCUAAAAGCAUCAGUGCCCUGUGGGUCACCAGGCAAGUGCCUGCCUCCUUUUCGUAGGCUUUUCUUUCCCCCAUUUAGUGCUUGGAGGCACCAGGGAGCCCACGGAGGGUGUAGAACAAAAGCCAGCACUAAGUACCAGGAGGUGCCCCAUGGUCUUGGGCAAGUCAGCUCCCUGCCUGGGCCCCCUUCCCAUCAGUAAAAUGAAGCGUGGGCUAUUCAACACUUCUGGCUCUUCCUGCUCAGAAUGCUUAUGAUGACAGUAGGGGCUCUGGCCCCUAGUCCAAAUUUGAAGGGAACUCACAGGAAAUUCCUUUCUCUAAGAGAGGGCACUGGUGAUGGUCUCAUUAGUGGGAUGCAGGGGAUCACCCAGAAGUAGCCCUCCAAUAUCUGUGUGGGUGUGUGUUGCUGUGUGAUUAUAUGUUAUGGGGAGGGUGCAGAAAGAGGGUAGGGAUAGCCAUAAAGAAAGCAAACCAACUCUCCUGCUUCUGAAAACAAAAAAGCAGAGAUGGCAACUGGAAUUUGUGGGUCAGGCAGGCUAUACCUGGAGUUGCCCAGCCCACAUAUGCUUUUAUCCCCUAUACCUAGUCCCUGGUUUAGGGCUGCAUUUGUCCACUUCAGAAAAGUGCAUCUAGGGGUUACAGCAAGGUGGAGUGAUCCUAGUGCUGACCCACCAGGUAAACCCCCACAAAUCCUCAAAGGUCCAGGCAGAAAGAAGAGAGUAGGAAAGGUCUUUAGGCCCGUGCUGCUUCUUUUUCCAACUCCACUUGAGACAACUAUGCAUGAUGGCACCUCAGAGAGACUCUGAGAAAUUCUGUGUCCCCAGAUCAGAGCACCCCCCCUCUCCCCAUUCCUUUU